CCAGAAUGCUCGGCCGAGCUCAAGGCUCUCGUACGGCAGCAUGAGUCUCGCAAAAACACAUGGGAAGCUGAGCGUGCUUCCAGCGACAAAUUCACCAAACAAGCCAUUGCGGAAAAGGAUCUGGAACUGAAGAACCUCAAACUCGACAAGGACUUUGAAGCCGACGGGCGUCGUCGCUGGCAAGAUCGCGCGACCCUUGUGGAGAGCAAAAUCGUGCGCGCCCAGCACCUUCUUAUCCUCGUUGACGGAAACAACCAUUUCUUCAAAGAUACCUUUUUGCGCGCUGGCGCCGCUGGGGUCAAAGAUGCUGUCCCACCAUUCCUCGACCAAGUCCGACAAUUUGCCCGGGACCAGCACAAGCAUGACUUGCUCGAGAACACCAUCCCAAUUGUGCACGUUUUCUCUGAUAUUGACCGACUAUCCCAAGACCUGCAAAGUGCCGGCGCCUUACCUGAUCCGAGCUCUCUACUCGACUUCUGUCAGGAGUUGUGCAAAGCUCAGCCUUAUUUCACCAUCAGUGACUGUAGUAUGGAUCCUCAGGCCGCGGCCAUGAAGGUUGAAAAAUUCUACGAACUCUACGUUGAGAACUGCCACUGUCGGCACAUCUUUCUAGCCCUUGGUCCCGAUUCUGCAUACUAUAAGACUUUGCAGAUGUACAAUGACGACCCUUACACGAAAGGCAAGACUUCUCUAGUUCGCCCAGAUCAAGGCUUUGCUGGAGUCGAUCUUUCCUAUCACACCGUGGAGUUCUCAACUCUCUGCAGUAUCCCUCCAUCUACUAAUGGCGGUGCUAAAGAGAAUAAUUCUCACGUCGAACGGCAGCCUGUCUCUGCUCAUCGUUACCCCUCGGGAGCAUCGGCCCUCACACCAUUGGUCGAUCUUCAUAUACCUGAUAGCUCGCACCAGCGGCAUGAUGUAACGGAAACCAAUGGGGAUUUCCAAGCUCAGGAGGUUGUCAAAGUCGCGCCAACAACACAUUCUUCGUCAAGUUCCAACAAUGCCAUGGAGCAGACCUGGGAAACCAAGUUUAGUGAGCACGGUUAUACGCCUCAGCCAAUCUUGGGAGACUGGGGUGAAGAGGUUGAUACGCAUCCACCCUCCUUCCAGCGACCAAACACGAACGGAAGAGGGAGCCCUGGAGCGAGAGGCAGGUACACUGGGCCCUCUAAUAACUCUUGGAGGAGGCCCGAGAUCUCAAGCAACGGCUCGGGCACGCUUAGGAGGACGCCAGCUCAUUUCCAUGGUUCUUGGGAUGAAUUAAUCCCAGGUGAAGAACCUAAGCCGGGGGCGUCUCAUCAAAAGAAUCAAUCAAUGACUUCCUCAAAAACCUCGAACGAAAUGCCACCUGCGAGCAGAUUGACAGCUGCGUCUUUCAGGCGGCAAAUGGUCGAAGUUGACGAACCCAACCCAACAGCCCGUCCCAUUUGGUCGCCUGUGGCAGUGAACAAGUCCAACCAACGCAUUGACUUGAAUAUCCCAAAGCCCUCUCCAAGAGAUACACAAAAUUUCAGUAUUCGUACUCAGCAGCAGAAACUGUGCAACGAUUUUCACCUCCAUGGAAGUUGCGACAAUCCCCGCUGUCUGUACGAUCAUGAGCCUGUAGAUGAUGGAGUCUAUCUGGCGCUUCGGAUCAAGGCUCGAGGAAUUCCGUGUGCCGCUGGCCCUGAUUGUCGAAAGCACAAUUGCUACGCGGGUCAUCACUGCCCGAAUGUGGGCAAUCUGACCAGCUGUGGCAGAAUGAAAUGUCCAUUCAAGGUUCUGGGGAUGCAUGAUGUGAAGGACCUCAUAGUUGCGGAUACAAUC